AUGAGAAGAGAUAACCAGUCCUUUGCCCUUGGUUUCAUUCUCCUGGGACUUACUGGUCAACAACAACAGGAAAAUUUCUUCUUCAUCCUCUUCCUCUUCAUUUACCCCAUCACAUUGAUUGGAAACCUGCUCAUCAUCUUGGCCAUUCACUCUGACAUUCACCUUCACAACCCCAUGUAUUUUUUCCUUGCCAACCUCUCCUUUGUUGACAUCUUAUUCUCCUCUGUAACCAUCCCAAAGAUGCUAGCCAACCAUGUCUUGGGCAGCAAAGCCAUCUCCUUUGGGGGAUGUCUAACACAGAUGUAUUUCAUGAUUGACAUGUCUAACACAGAUAGCUAUAUCCUGGCUGUGAUGGCAUAUGAUCGUGCCGUGGCCAUCAGCUGCCCACUUCGUUACACAACAAUUAUGAGCCCACGGACUUGUGUCUUGCUGGUUGUUGGGUCUUGGGUGGUUGGAAACGCCAAUGCCCUCCCCCACACUCUGCUCACAGCUAGUCUGUCUUUCUGUGGCAACCAGGAAGUAGCCAACUUCUACUGUGACACUGCCUCUUUACUCAAGCUGUCCUGUUCUGACAUUCAUUUUAAUGUGAAGAUGAUGUACCUAGGGGUUGGUAUUUUCUCUGUGCCAUUACUAUGCAUCAUCAUCUCCUACAUCCGGGUCUUUUCCACAGUCUUACGGGUUCCAUCCACCAAGGGUGUGCUCAAAGCCUUCUCCACCUGUGGCUUGCACCUCACAGUUGUUUCUCUGUAUUAUGGGACAGUCAUGGGCAUGUAUUUCCGCCCUCUGACUAGUUAUAGCCUGAAGGACGCAGUGAUAACUGUGAUGUACAUUGCAGUGACCCCAAUGCUAAAUCCUUUCAUCUACAGUCUGAGAAACCGAGACAUGAAGGCUGCCCUGGGAAAACUCUUCAGCAAAAGACUCUCCUCAUAACCAAGUGAGGACAUAUUGAGGAAUGCAGUCAUCAAUUAGGCUGCAUUUGAAAAUCCAGCUGCAAUCC